AUGAAAAAAAAACGCCAAAAACUCAAAAGCCAUAGGAGCAAAAUAAUCUCAAACUGAAGAAUAUCAAAAACACAUUCACACUGAUCACACCUAUAUCACACUUAUGAAAACCCCCUCCUAACUGCAUACAUACUACAUACAGUAGCACACUACAGUAGGCAGAAAAGGAUAGAAAGAAGCAUACCUACCCAAUCUUGCAUUUCUUUCAUUUCUUACAUCUCUUAUUUCUCGUAUUAACACUUUCACGUGAAAACCAUUACAACUGUUUAUUUGGUUUAUGAUCGGCGAUUAUAGUAUUAGAAGAACAAGGGGUCAGUCAAAGCUGCUGCUUCUGCAAUGUUGACCGAAAGUUAUUUCGUGUCCAUAUCAGGCCCACCAUUGGCCAAUAAUACGGCCAUAGUAAAAGACGCCGGCAUCUACGAGCAGACACUUCACCCAAACCAUUCCACCACCAGUACAUUCAAGAAGAGCUUUGCUCCUCCAAAUUGUCUAGCCGUUAGCGAUACUCAUGUAUUCGCCGCUCAGGAAGAGAAGUCAACAGUUCAUGUUUAUUCAAGAGCAAAGGGAAACCAGGAAGCUUUGGUCACCUUUCCCGAACGCAUCCGAAGCAUCGCCUUACUAGGCGAUGUCUUAUUCUUGGGCACACAAGAAGGGAGAUUAAUUGUAUGGGAGGUUUGUACUGGUAGACAAGUAACUACUCCUGCCUGUCAUGUUCAAGCAGUAACAUGCAUUGCUGCUACACCUUAUCAUCUUGUCACUGGGUCUGAUGACUCCAAUAUUUACGUAUGGUCUGUCCCUCGCCUGCUGGAACUGGACUCAACUAUUGAGCAUGAACCUCUCGAAACUUUGCCAAAUCAUCGGGCUGCCAUCACCUCCCUCGUUGUAAGUCAAAGUGUGAAUCCCGACACCAACAUUUGCGUGUCGGGAAGCAAGGAUAAGUCCUGCAUAGUAUGGAACUAUCAACUGGGCGUAGCUCUUCGGACGAUCUUGUUCCCGAGCUCCCCCCUCUGUGUGUCUCUUGACCCGUGUGCGCGUGCUAUCUACAUCUCUUCUGAUGACGGCUCACUCUACGCAGUCGAUCUAUUUUCCGAGAAGGCAUUGCUAGGCCCUCACGCAGAAGCAACCUCUACAGCUAUUCAAGUUUCAUCCGCCUUUGGAGCAUCGCCUCAAGAAGCAGGACCGGCGUCGUGCAUGGCAUUGAAUUACGACGGCACCAUCUUGAUAUCUGGGCACCCGCAAGGACAUAUUCUUCGAUGGGAUUUGAGCGGCCGUACUGAUUCCACCGAGUUAUCAAAUGUCAACGCAGCUGUUACCAAUAUCGUAUUCGUCUCGCCGCUUCCAUACUCGCGCUCAACCAAGCCUAUCGAGGUAGUCAAGCCAUUUAUGGGAAGUCGAAGCUAUAAUUUCACCGCUCAGCUAGAUUCCAGUAUGGAAGCGGAAACGAGAUUCAGUAAAAUGCUCAAGACUAACGGACUUCCCAAUGAUGUGCUGGAACAAGCCAUUCUCGCUUUCCAGGCUCCCGAUCUCGAUACUGUCGGGGACCAAGAGCUGAGGAAAGAGAACGAGGAGCUUUGGGAGGUGGUUAAUGAGCAAAGAGCCCUUCAGAAGAAAACUCUCCAGAGAUAUCUUGACGCCAAAUCGGCAAACGCUUGAAAGAUAGUCCCUCGUCCUUUUCAGUACUAUUAUAUGCUGGCCUGGAUGUGGUCAAAUAGCCCUUGCCAUACGCUAGCACCAUCGCAGUAUAUCUAACAGUCCCACUGUUUGUAUCUAUAUAUACUACUCAGAUCUCAGGACGACAGGAGCCGAAGCCCGGUGUACGAAAAAGGGGAGUAUGUUCUUCGAUUCAUCUCAUCGACCAACUCCAGAACACCAUACGGAAGCCGAGGUAGUGUGAGGUCGAUAGCGAAAGACGAGGAGAGGAGUUGAUGGUAGUAGAUAUACUGCAUACGGCGGAGAGUAACACAUAUAUCCAUUGGGGGGCCUACAAUACAAAUAUGGACCGGUCGCUUCGUCCGAGCUUUCACGUCAUUAUUCUUAAAGAACUACUCGAGCUCUAUUACGGAAGAACCCUCGCUCAUAUACCGCCGAGAAUUGGAUUAGGAUUUGGGUCUGGUACUGGGGACACCAAUUAGGGAUUUAUGUGGUUUGGCCUCAGAGCCUCAACUGGCAUAGUCAGCAAAGCACAUACGCCAGUUCCGGACAUUGGGUAAAGAGUUGAAUAGAAGGAUGUGUACCUAUGUAGGUACUCGAACUGGGGGGACUAAGUAGUUAAUAGGCAAUAUGAAGCUUGGCCUCAGGAGCAUCUCAGGAGAAUCUCAAGUUCAAUCUAGCCAAUCCAAAAACCAUAUUUUUACC